CACACUUUUUUUUAUGUUCUGUAUAAAUACAGAUACAAAAUUUCAAGAACUCAGUAUGAGGCUUUAAGGAUAGAGAAACAUGUAUUCUUUUUUGUCAAUAUGUAUAUUCGCAUUGCUGUUUCAAGUGCAGGGCUCAUGGGCGAGAGACGCCCGGCCCGGUGAGUUCCCAUAUCAAGCUGACGUUGUUCAAACUCUACGUAACGGCGAGUAUCUGUAUCUCUGCGCAGGCGCAAUUUUAAACCAACGAUAUAUCAUCACAAUCGCUUUUCUCGUUGAACUAUAUCCCCAGUCUUCACUGAGAGUUUUAGCUGGUUCCAACGAUCUGAAUUCGCCGAGCAAUGUUUAUUACAAAGUCGACAAGAUACGAUCAUAUUAUGAGAACUCAUAUAACUUCACCAUAAUCUCACGAAAUAAUAUAGCAUUGGUUAGAAUUCAAACCAGGUUCACAUUCAACGCGAAAAUACAACCAAUUACCAUUUCAAACCAAGAUAUUGUCGACGGUGAAACUUUAACCACAAGUGCUCGGAGAAAUCCUUAUGAUCCAAACUAUGUUAGUCGUCUGCAAGUUUUGCUUGGUAAUGGAGUAAAAGACAACGAUGACUGCGGUGCCCUAGCCAAAAGAGAUGUGGAUGAUGUAAAAGAGUUGUUCUGUUUGAGGCAGAACAGGAAAGAUAUUGGAAAUGAUAACCUUCCACCUUUCAGUUACCAAGGAGGACCAAUUGUUGGAGCUAAAAGACAACUAAAAGGCAUCUUGCUUGUUUCCUUAAACAGCAUUCCAGAUGGUAAAGUUGUUGGUAUCGGAUUGCGCGCAUUUCGUUAUAGGCAGUUUAUUUAUGAGACCAUCAAUGAAGGCCAAGCAAUCUGUAACGGUGACAUUAAAAACUAAAAACACUAAAGGAUUGCCCUGACAAAUUGUCCAAAACGUAUGUCAACACAAAGUCACACAAUUCAAUUUUACAACACAAAAUCUGCAAAUGUCACAUAUAAUUACUAUAUUUUAAGCUUAUGCACUUGAUACACUGGAAUAGUUGCGGAAUUCUGCAGAAAAAAAACCGUUUUCGUAUAAAUGUUACGAGAUACUACAUAAAUUUGAUCGUUACGAGUGCGUAUAAAAACAAGAUAGAGUAAAAUUUUAGCAAUGUGCAUACUAACGCGGAAAUUAUGCAUGAAUUUUGUACUUUAAUUCUGGUAUUGUCAAAUUUUAUAAAUUGUACAAGUAUUAUUCAAGUUUCAAAUAAAGAUUAUCACAA